AUGCAGGGUGUGCCAAAUUGGAAGGUGGAAGACCAUUUUUGCGGCUGUAGUAAAAACGCAGACCAGGUCUUAAUAGCGGGAGACAGAGACGACUCCAGUUAUAUGUUUAGAAAACUGCAUGAGCAAUAUUCGAAAUGGGGCCUAAGAAUAAACACAAAGAAGACGGAGUACAUGGUAGUGGGUGAUGACGAACGUGAGGAUUUGGAUGUAGGAAUCGGCACAAUUAAAAAUGUCUGUACAUUUAAAUACUUGGGCGUCACUUUUACAACAAAUGGAAAAAGCACUCAAGAUAUUGCAAAUAAAGUUGGUCAAGGAAAAAGAGUUAUCGGUCAACUUAACUCGUUGUUGUGGAGUGACAAAAUUUCCCAAAAAACAAAAAUUCUACUUUAUAAAGCCAUUGUAGAGAGCAUUACCACGUAUGGCGCUGAAACGUGGGAGCUAAACAAAGUAGAGAAAAAUAAGUUGCCGUCUCUUGAAAUGGAUUUUUGGCGAAGAAGUCGCAUUUCAAGACUCCUCCAACGAAUGGAUGAUAACCGAUGGCCAAAAAGAAUUCAUUCAUGGACACCAAGUGAAAGGCGGAAACGUGGAAGACCACCUCGAAGAUGGAAGCAGGGCGUAGUUGACGCUAUGAAUUCUAGGGGCCUUCAGGAAGAAGACUGGACAGACAGAUCUGUGGAAGUUGAGAAGGGGGAGACGACGAAUGUCGUAAAAUCCGCAAUAUAUAUAGUAAGAACACAGGAAUUGCGACAACGCACGCCUUUACAUGUUGAUAAUGGCUAG